AGUCAAUAGGCUAGCCGUAUGUAAACUACUCAUACGGAAAGAUUUACACAUUUACUUCCUAUCAUCUGAUUUUUCUAUGAAGAACAAGUAUAUCGAUAACCAUCAAUGUAUCCGUUCCAUCUGCGCACAUCUGUUCUGCCCACGUCUGUUCUGCGCAGGUACAAUAGCGACAAUUGACAUUAAGGUUCUAGAACGUCACAAAUCACUCGAUACGACGUUUACGCAGUGAACGGUCGUGUUUUGUUUACAACGUGCAAAACUUUUUGACUUUUGCAGCGAAUUGAUAAAAAAUCCAACUCGAUAAUAUGCCGAUUGGGUUUUUGUUGAGGAGAGCAUGGCACCUAUACCUGUUCGUCUGCGGUAUGUGUUUCUACUCCGCGGUAAUGAAGGCAGCUGUAGAGAGGCAGAUCAUCCCCCGCGAUAUCAUCGCACGCGAAUUUCUGGAUAAGCUUGAUGUCUAUGACACCAAUAGUGAGCAGUGGAGAAUCUACCCGGUGGCAAAUGAGGAGAUCUUUCUACGGGCGUACUUACGUCCUGCCAACGAGACCCACUACAGCAGAAUCGUGGGUUGUGAUCUCUACAGAGAUGAACACAGGGACACUAUGGUGAAGAGGCUGACGGCCGGGGGGACAGACCCAGGACGGGUCAACAUGGCCAAUUCAUCCGACUCAUGGCGGUUCUCCUAUUUAUUACAUGCCUGUAAACACGUGAGAUUGCCGAACUUUGACUUCGACGUGCCUCCCGUCGAAGAGGAAGCGCCUCCCUACCACCCUAUUACCUGGCUUCAGCUCGCCAGGAAUAUCCGUGACUGGACCAAGGACUACCUUCGCGAGGCUUUCGCUGAAGAUCCGGCAGACACCUACACCGGAGAGGAACCUAGACCGCUCAUGUGGUCUGAGUUAAUCCACGAUAUCUACAAAAAUGUGGUGGAAUGGUUCUCGCCGGAAGAUGAGAACUCAACCGACGCUGCUAACACCCCGCUCCAAGCCGGCAAUACUCAUUAUACUGACCCCGCUGAGACCGAUGCGUCCUCUGUCACGUGGUCUCACCUGUGGACCGAGAUGGGGAACAAAGUGUCCGGCGUCACCGCGAUGUUUUUGUCAGAGGCGCCUGAUGACUCUGCAACCGACGGAACACCUGAAAUCGACCCUGCCGACCCUGAGCCCACAGGAGGAGUUUGGGCUGCACUUCAGGGUUUGUGCACGGACCUGAUGAACCGCCUCCCCUCAUACCGGUCAGACAAUACGGACAGGUCUGAUGACAACAAGGAUCCCUGCACGGAGACAGACUUUGCCGAGGGCAAGGCGGAAUCACAGGGAGGUACCGCCAGUCACUCCUAUUUCUCCCGAAUCUACUGGCCGUGGGCGAGUGAUGAAGAGACACCAGAACCUGAUGUUCAAGAUGGUGAGCUGUCUAGUGAUGAAGUAAUCUAG